AUGGCGCUGCUUCUCAACCAACCCUUGAAGCUACUAUGCUUUCGGAGGAAACCUGUGUUGGUGAGAUCAUCUCCUCUUCUCUCUAAUGAUGGCUUAUCAUCUUCUUUGCUGCAAACUCCUCCUUGUUUCGUCGUCAGCGCUAAACGUUGUGGAAGACUUGCGAAAGAGGGAAAACUCGUGAUUUUGAAUCCUUAUGAAGAUGAAUGCACUUCUUUGGAUAAGAAGGUGCCUAUGGCGUUGUUGUAUGAUAAUGAACUUGUAACCAUCGGUUCAUCCCAUGGCUGGAUAGCUACUUUGAGUCAGGACGACGGACUACUGCGUCUCCAAGACGAUCUAAACCCGGUUGCAUCGGAUACUAACCCGAAACGCAUUCCCCUGCCUCCUCUUGUAACUCUCCCUCAUUGCCAAACUCAAAUCGUUACCAAUGUGUCAUUGUCCGCAUCUUCUCCUGAGGAUGAAGACUGUGUUGUGGCUGUCAAGUUUUUGGGACCUCAGCUCAGCUUUUGCAGACCGGCUCAAAGUAACUCCGAGUGGAUCAACAUCAGAAUCGAAAACCCUUGUUUCUACUUAUCUCGUGUCAUGUACUCCAAGAAAGAUAACAUGUUUUGCAUUCCCGGAUCUGGAGGACACCUCAUUGGAACAUGGGAUCUCCGCACACACAAGCAUAAUUUGCAGAGCUUGCAGUUUCAAAACCUUCCCAAGCUGACAAAGACCAAACAGAAGCUACUGGAUUCAUGUUGCAAGAGCGAGCACUUGGUUGAGUCACCAGCUGGUGAAACUUUCUUGGUUAAGUGGUACAAGAAGUCUUCAAGCAAGAUCAUCAAGGGUAUUGCGCAAAUGAAAACACAAGCUUUAAUGGUGUUCAAGCUUGACGAACAAGGAAACGCGGUUUACACUCAAGAUAUUGGAGAUCUCUGCAUUUUUCUUUCAAAGUCUGAACCUUUUUGUGUCCUUGCUAGCUCUUUUCCCGGACUGUGCCCUAACAAUGUCAUACUCUUUGACUGUGACGAAGGCGGCUUUUUCGAUCUGGAUGAUUCCACCAUCAUUACUGAUGUGAUGCCUACAUCAUUCAAAAGCAAUUACCUUAUGCCACCCCAAAAACUAGAUUAG